AUGAGAGAUUUUGCAUCUUGCCUAAGCCAAAGCGCCGCCCAGGUUGUGCAUUCCUCUUCCUCAAGUGGGCAGAACUUGGUGCAGUGUGCAUACCUGGCACGCCUGCGCGGCAAGCCUUGCGUGGUCACCGUCACCUGGACCAAGGUGGCCUCGGGGCAGGCUUUCGCCAUUGCCAUCCAUGACUACUCCAACCGUUGCCUCUGCAAGAUGGAGGUUAAGCCCUGGCUGUUCUCCAAGAGGAAGGGUUCCAAGGUCAUGGAAUUGGAUAGUGGCAGUGUGGAGAUCAUCUGGGACCUGUCAGCCGCAAAGUUUGCAGCUGGGCCAGAGCCACUCGGAGGCUUCCAUGUUGCUCUACUCUAUGAUCUUGAAGUUAUCCUUGUUUUAGGCGACCUGUGCAAGGAGGAGGAUCACCGGGUUCUGUCAGAUGCUUUGCAUUCUGAUGCAGUCAUGAUAGCUAGGAAGGAGCACGUUUAUGCGAAGAAGGUGUAUUCCGCGAAAGCUCGAUUUUUGGACAUUGGGCAGAUUCAUCACAUCUCCAUAGAGUGCGACACGGCAGGGGUGACGGAUCCCAGCCUAGAGAUUAGGAUUGACAAGAAGAAAGUGUUGCACGUGAAGCGGCUGGCAUGGAAAUUCAGAGGGAACCAGACUAUCUAUGUCGAUGGACUUCCAGUGGAGGUGCUCUGGGAUGUGCAUGACUGGCUAUUUGGUUCCUCGAAUGGAUGUGCUGUGUUUUUGUUUCAGUCAGGCCACUCCAUGGAAAAAUUUUUGUUCAGAACAUGCUCACAGAAUGAAAUGGAGGCUCAAGCACAUCGUUUUGGUUUCACAUUGAUAUUAAAAGCAUGGAAGACUGAGUAA